ACUGGAUUUGUAUUUGUUAUUGGGCUGGAUGUGUGAUAAUCGUUUCCAAAGAAUUAGCGAAGUAUUCAUUAAAAUCGUUUCAUUUAGAUAUUUUGUGAGCAACCAGCAAUCGAGCGAUACGAGAGUGACACUAUUGGGUUGUUGAUGCGUGGCCAAUUACUCACCGAGAUAGAUAACAAGAGGAAUUUCGUGUCUUUGGCUGGUGGCCUUUAACCAGCGCAAUGAAUUUCGAUCAAUCCACACCAUCCCAAAACAGAAGUGUUAGCACUAAAUCAGUAAGCCAAACCUCUUCAACAGCUACAACCCCUAGUUCGAGUAAUAGUUUGAUAGAACCCUCGGAAGAUUCCACCCUAAACAAUGUCUCAAACCUAUUCUACGGAGGAGAGCGUGUUGUACCUGGAGCCGAAACGCGAGAAUUUAGCUUUCGAGAAUUAUGGGCGUUUACUGGACCCGGGUUUUUGAUGUCGAUUGCUUAUCUGGACCCAGGGAACAUUGAAUCGGAUUUGCAGAGCGGAAUAGUUGCCAAGUACAGCUUGCUAUGGGUGCUUCUAGGAGCUACACUGCUAGGACUAGCAAUGCAACGUUUGGCGGUGAAAAUUGGAGUUGUUACCGGAUUAGAUCUAGCGGAGAUGUGCCAUAAACAGUACAAAACUGUGCCCCGAAUAAUACUAUGGCUAAUGGUGGAAGUUGCCAUUAUUGGGUCCGACAUGCAGGAAGUGAUUGGAACAGCAAUUGCUAUCUAUCUUUUGUCGUACAAACGUAUACCUUUGUACAUAGGCGUGCUGAUUACUGUGCUAGACACGAUGUCCUUUCUGUUCUUGGACAAGUAUAAAUUGAGACGGCUGGAACUGUUUUUCGGGUUUCUCAUAACCACGAUGGCUGUAUCGUUCGGCUAUCAGUACAUCAUUAGCGAUACACCGCAAAUGGAAGUAAUUAAGGGCAUGUUCAUUCCCUGGUCAUCCGACUAUCGGCCCGGUACACUGUUGCAAGCUGUUGGGAUUAUUGGUGCUGUCAUAAUGCCACACAAUUUGUACCUGCAUUCAGCGCUUGUCAAGUCGCGCGAAAUCAACCGAAACGAAGUACGCGAGGUGAAGAAAGCCAACCGUUAUUACUUUAUCGAGGCUACGAUAGCGCUUGCUGUCUCGUUUUUCAUAAACGUGUUUGUAGUUUCUGUCUUUGCCCACGAUUUAUAUGGGAAAACUAAUCAGGAUGUGAUUGAUAGAUGUAGUAAUUCCUCUUUUUCGGAUGACAUUCUACAUGCAUUUGACGCGAACAAUGCUACAGCAGAUAUUAAUAUCUACAAGGCGGGUUUGGUGCUAGGAUGCUUUUAUGGUGGUGUGUCAAUGUACGUUUGGGCGAUCGGAAUACUAGCGGCCGGUCAAAGCUCCACGAUGACCGGCACGUAUGCAGGACAAUUUGCUAUGGAGGGUUUCCUUAACUUACAAUGGGCGCGAUGGAAACGGGUACUCUUCACCAGAACCGUCGCCAUAAUGCCGGCCUUUUAUGUGGCUUUCUUCAGCAGACUAGAGGAUCUUACCAAGAUGAACGACAUUUUGAAUGCUGUUAUGGCGUUGCAACUUCCGUUCGCAGCGAUACCUACUGUCGCUUUUUCUUCAAGCGUGGCACUAAUGAAGAAGGAGUUUGUGAACGGCACCAUAGAGAAAGCAAUCUCCAUCGCUCUCAGCUUCACUGUCAUUGGCAUCAAUCUGUAUUUUAUUAUUGCCAACCUGCAGCAAGUAACGCUGACCGCUGUAAUGAUCUUUGGCGUCGUCCUCUUCGGUACGUUCUAUAUCGUUUUUAAUAUUUACCUUAUUUUACAUAUGAUGGUACAUUUAGGUAACAAAACGCUAGCGACCAACUCGUUCGUGAAACGUUACAUCUUUGAUGAUGUUAAUUUGUUUUCAAACAUGGCCACGAUGGAUAAUGGCUUAUGAUCUUAAGGGCAUAGCAGUGAAGUCAGCCGUUAGCACAUCUUGCGUUGUUUAAUUAGAUGAAAUCCAUGUAAUGUGUGUCGUGCCUUAGAAGAGAAGUGAUUUUUUACACUUCUUGUAUUUCCGUUAGGUUUUAUGUUAAUCCAGUAGCUUUGUUUAUAAUAAAAGGAAACAAUGGAUUAUAACGGAUAAUAAGGGCUAUAUGUAUAAUAAGGGCUGUGCAAUAAACAAAUCAGUUACUGAUAAUCAUAUGUAAAUGUGUCACA